CUACAUAAGUUGUAAAAUUUUGAUAUUUCCAAGCAAUACCGUUGCACAAAUUGAUUCCACGGUUCACAAAAAACGCGGAUUGAAGGGGCAAUAAAAAGAACAAGCUCUGCUUUUAUAUUUCAGUUGGAAAAGUAAAACCGGAAUAACUAUACAAACCUCCGCUUUGCCCCUCCCUCCGUUCCCCUCUCUCAGUCCUAAUAUACUCACAUAUAGACGCGGUCACAAAAAGCAGCCCAAACGCAUCUUCUCUUCUGAUACGAUCUGCCGUUUCGCCAUGAGCUCCGGUAAUUCCUCCUCCUCCGCUGGAGAUUCUGCGUUGCCGCCAGCCGAGCUAGGACCCUCACCAACGUCUGCGACCAAGCAAAAGGAGAAGGCCAGAGUCAGCAGAACUUCAAUGAUAUUGUGGCACGCUCACCAAAACGACGCUUCCGCUGUCCGGAAGCUUCUUGAGGAGGAUCCAUCGCUCGUCCACGCUAGGGAUUACGAUAAUCGAACUCCUCUCCACGUUGCCUCGCUCCAUGGAUGGAUCGACGUUGCCAAGUGUUUGAUUGAGUUUGGCGCUGAUGUCAACGCCCAGGAUAGAUGGAAGAAUACGCCUUUAGCUGAUGCAGAAGGAGCUAAAAAGUAUGGCAUGAUUGAGCUCUUAAAAUCACAUGGUGGUUUGUCCUAUGGCCAAAGUGGAAGCCAUUUUGAGCCAAAGCCUGUUCCACCACCCCUGCCAAACAAGUGUGACUGGGAAUUAGACCCAUCAGAGCUCGAUUUUUCAAACUCAGCAAUUAUCGGAAAGGGAUCUUUUGGGGAGAUUUUGAAAGCCUAUUGGCGUGGAACACCCGUAGCUGUCAAGCGCAUUCUUCCAUCCCUUUCAGAUGAUAGAUUGGUGAUUCAGGACUUCAGGCAUGAGGUUAAUUUGCUAGUGAAGCUUCGCCAUCCAAAUAUAGUCCAAUUUCUAGGAGCUGUCACUGAGAAGAAGCCUCUUAUGUUGAUCACUGAGUAUUUACGAGGGGGUGAUCUUCAUCAGUACCUCAAGGAAAAGGGUGCACUAAGUCCUUCAACAGCCAUAAACUUCGCAUUGGAUAUUGCCAGAGGCAUGACUUAUCUUCACAAUGAGCCUAAUGUCAUUAUCCACAGAGACCUAAAACCAAGGAAUGUUCUUUUAGUCAACUCCAAUGCUGACCAUUUGAAAGUUGGGGAUUUUGGACUAAGCAAGCUCAUCAAGGUUCAGAAUUCUCAUGAUGUUUACAAAAUGACUGGCGAGACAGGAAGCUAUCGGUAUAUGGCUCCUGAAGUUUUGAAGCACAGGAAAUAUGAUAAGAAGGUUGAUGUUUUCUCUUUUGCGAUGAUAUUGUAUGAGAUGCUGGAAGGUGAACCACCACUAGCACAUUAUGAACCUUAUGAAGCAGCUAAGCUUGUGGCAGAGGGGCACAGGCCAACAUUUCGUGCCAAAGGAUUUACCCCUGAACUGAGAGAAUUAACAGAUCAGUGUUGGGCCGCAGAUAUGAACAGAAGACCUUCCUUUUUGGAUAUUCUCAAGAGGCUUGAAAAGAUUAAGGAAACUUUACCUGCAGAUCAUCAUUGGAGCAUAUUCAAUGCAUAACGCUGAGAGCAAUGGCAUGGUCAAAUAUACAGAUCUAUGUGCCACUCAUGCCUGUCAUUUCUCCUACCCACAAUUGUGCAGAUGGUGCUGUGAAUAGAUUUGACUGAGAUUGUGAAUUACUGCUGUCGCUGAUUUGCAGUUAAUGCAUCAGAUUUUACCAGGGUCAGAGUUGGUAUUCACUAGUCUUUUCAUAUUGAUCUCAAGCCAGCAUUGUCGAGUAAUAUCAUUCAAUUAGGAUGAUUAAACAUGUUCAUUAUCUGACCCAGGUAUUUUCCAUUGUUUUCCAACUGUAAUUUGUUGUGGUUUAUGAUAUAUGAGAGUUGGCAACAUUAUAUGUCCAAACUUUUGAAGCUCCUAGGUGUUUUUAUUGUUGGACUUCUUGAUUUCAUAAAAGUUGAAUUUUUUCCGUGGA